AUGAAGUUUAUACAUUUUGCCUCAUUGUUCUCGGUCUGGGGUAUAGUAAAUGUUAGCUCACAAAAACACGACUGUUCCUCUCUUGCCUCGACCCAGCAGGCAAAGAAUGCAGUCCAGAUCCUCACGGCAAUAGAAGUCCUACCGGGUAGCUUGAAUCUGUCUUCGAACACAGGCGAGGGCUCCAUCAAAAAUAAGUUUCAACUCUGCCAAGUUCAAGGAAUCAUCAAAUACCAAGCCAACCCGAGAAAUGGCAAGGUCGAAUUUGAUGUGAACGGAAACGACACGAUCACCUGGGAGUUGUUUCUUCCAGAUCCCGAGAAUUACAAUGGCCGAUUUCUCGCCGUAGGAAAUGGUGGUUUCGCUGGCACAAUUGACAACUCCACCAUGCUUGAGAAUACAAACUCGGGUUAUGCAGUGAGUGGUUGCGAUAGUGGGCAUUCCUUGACAGAUAGCGAGAAUGGAAUCUUUCUAGAAGACCUUGGGAAAACGAAAACCUGGAUCCACGAUUCCAUUGUUAUGACGACCCAGGUUACGCGAGAUAUUGUUGCAAAAUAUUAUGCCCGGUCUCCGAAAUACAGCUACUACUCGGGCUGUUCGACUGGAGGUGCCCAGGGAUAUUCCCUUGCGCAAUACCAUCCCGAGCUUUUCGACGGCAUUUAUGCCGGCAGCCCAGGGAAUUGGUAUAGCCAUUUGGUCCUGAGCUUUUUGUGGAAUGGGUUGCAUUCUACCAGCGGCGGGUACCUGAGCCAGCAGGUUCUGAAUUUCAUUACAGACAAUGUUUUGGCCGCCUGUGACGACAUUGAUGGGGUGAAAGAUGGUGUCAUUGGAAAUCCCCUGAAAUGCCACUUUGACAUCAUGACUCUUGAAUGUAAACAGGGCCAGAAUUUAGUCAAUAGUAGCAACCGAACACUCUGUUUGACUUCGGACCAACUUCAAGCUGCGCAAGCUAUUUAUGCUGGACCCAAGGACUCGCGGGAUUAUAAGGAAGUCUAUCCGGGAUUCGACCUGGGUUCCGAAAAUGCCUGGCUCACUCAAGAGUCAGUCUUGUAUGUGGACUACACCACGCCUAUUCUGCAAAAGCUCGUCUUCAAAAACGAUAAUUACAAUGUGAGCACUUUCAACUGGGGCUCUGAUAUCGACCGCGUCGAUAGUAUUGCAUCGCCACUCAUAGACGCGAUUACUCCCGACCUCUCCGCUUUCAAUCGCCGUGGUGGGAAAUUGAUUAGCACUCAAGGCUGGGCAGAUCCAUAUAACGCGGCGGCAUGGCCGAUUCAGCAUCUGGGGCAGAUACAAUCUGCUCUCAAAAAUACAAACAUCAACAAUUUUAUUCGGCUGUUCAUGGUACCUGGAGGUGGACACUGUGGAGCAAAUCCUUUGUAUAGGCAAGUUCCGGCAACGUAUCAUGUGCUUGAUCCAUUGGUAAGAUGGGUUGAAAAGGGGCAGAAGCCGGAGGAAAUACUCAGUUCAUCGCCACCUGAUGGGUCAAAUACCACUAGAAAACUAUGCCCGUGGCCGAAAGUGGCCAGGUUUACCGGAGGAGACCAGAGCAAUUGGCAGAGCUAUGAGUGUGUUUAA